AACCGUCUAGCUAUUAGAUUUUAGAAAAAUAAUGCAAUGAAUUUGAACCGUCAGCUACCUGCCCAAUUACAUUUUAAUGAAACUUUGAAUUAAGUUAUUAAUACUACUGGCGGACGACGUCUUGUUCUUUUCUUAUCCGAAAUCUUAUUUUAUUAAUGUAAAAAACCUUUUUUGCGGUUCGGAGAAUUUUCUGCCAGAUGGAUGAGUCAAUCAUAAAUUUGAUAGUAUUUGGAGUUGUAUCAUGGACAACAUUAUUUUUAUUAACAAGAAAAUUGUUUCCAAAUCGUUCUUUUGAUUUUUGCAACCGUUUAGUUUCAACAGUUCAUGCAAUUUUAGCAGUAACUUUAGCUUCACUUUCUGUUCAAGAUUGGAGUUGCCCUAUUAGUCCUUUGGCUUCAAGAUCUACUACCAAACAGAUGAGGGCAAUAGCACUGAGUGUAGCCUAUCUUAUUUAUGAUUUUGUAUGCUGUCUAUUUGACAAACAAGUGAAGAUUGAUAACUUAAUUCAUCAUUUGGUUAGUGCUGUUGGACUUGGAGCUGGGCUUUACUAUCAAAGGUGUGGUUCAGAAAUGGUAGCAGCAUUGUGGUUAACAGAGAUUUCCAGUCCAUUCCUACACUUGAGGGAGAUUCUCAAAGAGCUUGGAUACAAAGACACUGACCUUAAUCUUGCUGCUGAUGUUUUAUUUGCAGUUAUUUUCAGCUGUGCUAGGAUGAUAGGAGGGCCAUAUCUAACCUAUGUGACUCUUUCUGCUGAUAAUCCAGUCCUCAUUAAGGCCAUGGCAUUCGGACUGCAGCUAGUUAGUGCUUUUUGGUUCUAUAAAAUUGCCAGGAUGAUCAUGUAUAAAUUCUCCAGGAGAACUAAAGCUAAAACUGUUCCUUCAAAUAUGUAAUUUGCUGAUAAUUUGUAUCAUAGUCCAUAGAGCAAAUCAAAUUCUUUUGUAUCAAACAUUCAUAACUUUUGAGGAGAAACAAAUUCAUCCCUUUCCCUUACA